CGGUUUUCCCAGAGCGAGGAGUGGAGCGGGGCCGAGUUGGCGCCAGCUCCCACAGAUAAAGACACUCCUGGCCAGCUGACCAUCCAGCUCCGGCCAGCCCCAGCCCAGGGGCCCACACAGGAGCUGCUUCCCUGUGCGGUGGGCAGCACCCAUCCCGGCAGGGUGACAUGACUCAGAGAGAAGCCAGGACUUCUCCCAGGAUGCCUGGCCUGGGCGGCCCCGGCAGCGGCGGACCUGGGCUGGCGCUGGGCACUGACAGGAAGCGGAGCCGCCUGAUGAAGGCAAAGCAGGGACUAUGGGGAGAGACCAGCUGGGGCAGCCAGAGAUGGAGCAGACCGGGCCCCGCCAUCCAUAAUCCCAGGGCCAGGAGCUUGGCCGUUGGCAGGGGCGAGUCCAGCCCAGAGAAUGCAGCCCGGGAACGGAGUAGAGUAAGGACUCUGCGCCAGGCCUUUCUGGCUCUGCAAGCAGCAUUACCGGCAGUGCCCCCGGACACCAAGCUCUCGAAACUGGAUGUCCUCGUCCUGGCCACGAGCUACAUAGCCCACCUCACCCAAGCGCUCGGCCAGGAGCUGCCAGGGGCAGCCUGGCCCCCCUUCUUGCGCGGACUCCGCUACCUGCACCCUCUCAAGAAAUGGCCAAUGAGAUCUCGCCUCUAUGCUGGAGCCUUGGGGCCAUCUGGCCUUGACCAUUCUACUACCAGUGCUCCUGGCCAGAGAAUGUGGGAAUCAACAAUCAGCCCCCAAGUCCCUGGAGAGGUGGAAUUCAUUCCUCCCAAGCCAGUCUCACCAACUUGCAUCGGCAAAUAAUUUCAUUUGUUUUCCCUGUGCUUGGCCCCUUGUGAAAGGGCCAACUCCCUCAAUCUGGCCUUACUUAUCCCUUCUAUGACUUUCUAGCCUAUCGGGCCCAUUUCAGGGUCUGCUUUCAGAAUUCCCCAGUACACAUACAUUCCUUAUGAAGUUGGGGCUUAGGGAGUAGGCAGAGAGGGGGAUUUUUUGGCUUAAGGGGCAACAGGGCAGUUGAAGGCAGAAGUACUGGGAUAAAUAUAGCUUCAAAGGGACUCGGUUCCCACUGUUGGGAUUGACAGCUUUGGAUGCUUGUUAUCAUGUUGGAGUGAUGGAAUCUUCAAAACCAUUUCUCCCUCUUGUCUUUUUUGUGAAGAUCUUAAUUAAUUCUCUGUGCAACCUGAGAAUAGCCAAGGGCAAGGAUGGAGAGGACUUGGAUGGCAGGUGUAGCAAGACAUUCAACUCCAAUGAGAAUUGAGGAAAGGAGGCUGUUCAAUGUGAUCUUAGCCAAGUUCGAAAUUGUAAUAAGAACUAAGCACCAAUUUUGACCCAAGGACCAAAGAAGCAUCACUGGGAAUGAUGGAAGAGUGUACUACAGGUGGUUCUAAUGUAAACCAAACUGAAGGUGACCAGAUAGAUAGCCCUCAUUAGCAGGACUUCUUACUCUUCCAGAUAUGGGCCCUGAAUGCCUGUUUUUGUCCUUUACUGGACUCUGCCACUUUCCUUCUCCAUUCCUUUUCCUUCCUCUGCAAAUCAAAUUUACAUGUAAACAAAUCCUCAGCUCUUACAUUUCCAAUUUCCCAGCUGUGUUGUCUAUCUACUUCAGUAUUACCAGAUCCUAAAUCCAAAACCAGAAGGGUCCUCAGGGACUAUCUAGUCUAAAACAUUUUUAAGAGUUGAGGAAAUUAAGCUCCAGGGAGGUUGUGACUGCCUAAAGUCAUAUGCAUCUGAGGUAGGAUUUGAAUCCUACAAAUCUGUGUCCAGUGGUUCUAGAACCAGUGCACUUGCCACCCACAUCAGGCCUCUCCCUAACAGGACAAAUGUUACUCUACAGGUUCAUUCUGACCUGCACUGGGGGUCACUACAACCAAGAAGUUCUCUGCCCCUAAAGUAACUUGGAAGGAAGCCCAAAGCUCAUUUGGAGGUAGUAUCAUUGUCGAGAUCAGCCCUCAGCCCAAAACCUUCUAAGGGUCUGAUUGGGGCAUAGGGAUGGGAAGAGAGAUUUUAGUCUCCUCAAAACUGGUCCUUACAUAGAAGCUGUUAUAGAGGCAUGGGAACAUUAAGGAACAUUUAUU